AUGGAAAAGCAAAAUGUUAUCACAGAGGUCCCGGCAGCUCUAAAGCGCCUGGCCAAAUAUAUAGUGCGUGGUUUCUAUGGAGUGGAGUACUCCCUGGCCCUCGAUAUACUGAUCCGCUACCCCUGUGUGAAAGAGGAUGACUUGUUACAGUUGCUCAAGUACGAACGUAAACAACUACGUGCUGUCCUCAACACGCUCAAGGCAGACAAGUUUGUGAAGCUGCGUAUGCGAGUUGAAACUGGGCCUAACGGGAAAAGCACAAGGCACAAUUACUAUUACAUCAAUUACAAGGUGUUGGUGGAUGUGGUCAAAUACAAACUAGAUCACGUACGCCGGAAAAUAGAGGCAGAUGAGCGAGAUUCAACUACCAGGUCCUCUUUUAAAUGUCCAUCUUGCUCCAGUACUUACACGGACCUUGAAGUCAAUCAGCUCUUUGAUGUACUUACAGAGACUUUCCGCUGUACUUACUGCAACAGUGAAGUAGAGGAAGAUGCCUCAGGACUUCCUAAGCGGGAUGCUCGAACCUUGCUAGCAAAAUUCAAUGAGCAGAUCGAACCUAUCUUUGUGCUGCUGCGUGAGACAGAAGAUAUUGUUCUGCCGUAUGACUUGCUGGAGCCUCAGCCGACAGAAAUACCAGAAUUAUCAGAAAGCUUUGAUCAGAAGGUGGGUUCAAGUGUGCUGGAAUCCUGCAGCCGACCUGAAAAAUGGGCCAACAGAGGUUCCUCUUUUGGCAAUAUGUACACCCAAAACUUAGUUAUUAAUGUCCAAGACUCUGAGCCCAAGAAGAAAACAAGAGAAAAAGCAACUAAAGAGCAACCUAUCUGGAUGUCACAGAGCACAGUGGAAGGAGCAACAACAGCCACCACCAACAGUGUUGGAGUAAAUGCUUCUGAAGAAACUGAAGAAAAUGUUAAAGAAACCGUCACUGAUAAUGAAAUCAUCAAGACUCUUCUGAUUCAUGAAUCCAAGUCUUCAUCUAGCACAGACCAGGCUCCUGUUGUCAAAAGCAAACUACCUGAACCAGGCAGUGACAGCAGUGAGCCUGAAGAAGAUGCCAAGUGCUCAGGAACAGCAGGCAACAACUCUGAACAAGAGGAGGAACAGGAAACACAAGGUCCUCUUUUAAUGGUAGCUGGCCAGCCUCACUCAUAUGGUGAGGUUAGUGAAAAUCCAGAGCUUGUGUCUCUCAUGACAAAUGAGGAGAGAGCAGCUUAUGUAAAACUAGGGCAAGAAAUGUUCCAGUCUCUCUUUGAGUAA